AUGUUUGGUACAACAGUACCUAUGCCGGCAAAUGGUCAAGCACCAGGGAAUGGCCGCUUACCGCAUGGUAUUAGGCGAUCAUCCUCCUCGAGCAGCACACUGCGUGCAACGAAACAACAGCAACCGCAACGACAACAGCAACAACAACAGCAAUCACAACAGCAGCAGGAGCAGGCACUGAUAAAACCUAGAAAGUCGAUGGAGCCAAAAGCGCCGAUCGCACAAGCCGAGUGUAGCGACACGGACUACGAUACUGCUCGGUCGCUGUGUCGGCCAGUUUCGAUCGACAAAGCUAAAAGCAGUGACACGAUUACAACGGUUGAGAACAGAUACUCGAGAGAGCGAGCCCAGAGCGCGGAAACUCGGCCAAACGGUAUGGUAUUCGUUAAGCAGCCGCCAACGAAAAUUCGCCCCAGGCAUCGUUCGCAACACCGUGGCAGCGGAAUUUUUGCCUCGUUUCGAAAAUCUACAAAAAAUUCCACAGCGCCGCAGAAUGGCUAA